UGGCCUGCACUCACAUAGCGUUUCAGCAUUCGUGCCGGAGCACGCUUACGUCAUUAUGGCGCGUACCGGAGCACGCCUACGUCAUUAUGGUGCGACGGUUUCGGGAUAAACAGGAAGAGCGGCGGUGUGACUGAACACAAUGGAGUCCAUCGCUCUGUUUACUCUGUGGAUAAUUUUAAGUCGUUUGGUCCACGGUGGUCCACAGCCUUCUCACAGCCUGUUGUUAAACAAAUCUAUCGCCUUUGUGGCACGAAAAUGGUCACGUAAUCGUGCUGCUCGUAUGAGGAGGUUUGCAAGGUACCAGCUGAAGUGCAGCAAGGACUUUGCAGCUUUGAUUACGGACUACAGUUCCCGUACAUCGACAAGGACCAUAUGGAUUCGGCAGAGAUCUGGUGUGUGGUGGCAGCAUGUUCUCAGCAGCUGGACAGACUGUGAGUGGAAGGCUAAUUUCAGAAUGAGAAGGACAUCAUUCUUGCAGUUGUGCAACAGCCUGCAGCCGCACCUUCAAAGACAGACCACUUCAUUCAGAAAACCAGUGCCCGUGGACCAACGUGUUGCAAUAUGCAUAUGGAGACUGGGCACAAAUGUAGAGUACCGAACCAUCUCCCAUUUAUUUGGGAUUGGUCAGUCGACUGCUGUUAGCAUUACCAACCAUGUAGCCUCUGCAAUAGUGAAAAAUUUGCUUUCCCUUUUCAUCAGAACACCCUCUGAACAGGAGUUUGAAAGCAUAAUUCAGGGAUUCAGAGACAGGUGGGGCUUCCCACAAUGUGGAGGAGCAAUUGAUGGCACUCACAUUGGGAUUUUGGCUCCACCUGUUAGCUCUGCAGACUACUACAACCGGAAAGGUUUCUACUCUGUUAUUCUGCAAGGUGUGGUUGACAACCGACUUAUGUUCUGGGACAUUAAUGUGGGAUGGCCGGGCAAGGUUCAUGAUGCAAGAGUUUUUGCCAAUUCAUCCUUGUUUGAGAGGGGUCAGAGUAAUACACUUUUCCCUCGGAUAACAGUGAGGUUUGAAGGAGUAGAUGUGCCAGUGGUGAUUUUGGGGGAUGCUGCAUAUCCGUUACUGCCUUGGUUGAUGAAACCUUAUCCAGAAAAUGAACAAACAACCCCUGCACAGGCCACCUUCAACAACCGCCUCAGCAAGGCACGGAUGACUGUUGAAAGGGCAUUUGGCCUCCUGAAAGGAAGGUGGAGAUGCUUAAUGAAGAGGUGUGAUUGCCGCAUACACAACAUAAACACUAUUAUCAGCGCAUGUUGCGUUCUGCACAAUUUUUGUCAAGUAAAUGGUGAGGAAUGUGAGGAGAUUGCCACAGAAGAGGAAAAUCUGAACAGUGAAUGUAAUCCUCGUAAUACAGCCACUAGUUCAAAUGCCACCAGAGAUGCAUUGUGUUCAUAUUUCUCAAAUUUGUAGAGAGAGAGUGUAUAUUUCAAGAGGAUGGUUUUCAUUACAUACUUCUGUGUCAUGCCGCUACUACAUUCAGUGCAUGUAUAUUUGUUGUACUUAUUGGUUUACUAUGACUUAUUUUUGUGCUGUUGUCAAUAAAGUCAUAUUGAUGAUUUCAAGAACAGUGCAGGAGUUAUUUACAAAUAACACACAAAACAUAAGAUGAGGCCAAAAAAGUUUUAAUCAUAAACUCAGGAGCACUUCUCACAGGAAAAAAAAACAGUACUUCACAGAACACAAACAUGUACUGUGGUGAAACAAAAUAAGACAAUAAAUCAAAUACAAAGUGCUAUGUAACCAGGCACUGCUGUGAAAGAAGUUUUCUCAAAAAUGACAAUUUGCUUGCAGUAUACCUUACUUCAAUUUGCAAACAUACCUGAGUGUCAUUAUUCAAUACAGCAUAGAAGAGCGUAUAUAAACAUGAAAUUCAAAAAGUUUGUGUGAAGUCCAGUAAGUGUAUAUGGAAAGGUUUGAGAGAACUAUAGGUUACCUAAUGUGUGUGGUGUAUAAUUUUUGGAAGUGUGUGGUAUAUAUUGUAGAGGUUCGAGUUAGAAUUAUAAAGUGUAGAGGUUUGAGGUAGUGCGUAGUGUUAGGGUAAACUGCAUAAAUAUAUGUUACAGGAAAUUAAACAACUUUUGGUCAUAUUUACCUAUGACAAA